AGAACGCGAGGUGCGGGCGGGGCGUCCGUCACUCGGCAGUCGCGCACCGAGCGCUAUACUACGAAUACGUCGGGUGGCGCCGCGCCAACCCGUCGCGUGAUAGUGUUGUGUCACAGCGGUGGGCCAGGUCGGUUUCGAGAUUUCUUCGUUCCGACGUAACCAUGGCUCUCAAUUCGGACGGUGAACAGAAAUCGAACCUGGUCCUCCGCGUGGAUCAGGAUUCUGACUCGGUUCUGCAAUCGUUGUUCGACACAGUGCUCAAGCCGGACUCAAAACGACCGCUACAGGUGCCUCUGCGUAUGCGACAGCUUCCAAAGUCGUUCUUUAACCCGCCGUCGACCGGUUCUAAGUCGCCAUCUGUGUCUCAUUCGCGAGAAAACUCGGCUGACUCCGCGUUCGGAUCGUCAUCCGCGACGGGCUCCGCGCCGGUGUCUCACUCUCGGGCGCACUCCUCACCUGCGAGUUUACAGCAGACGUAUGCGGCGGGACAACAGACCCAGCAACCGCCCCUUCACCACCAACACAGUAAACAAAGAUCAUAUGAUGUUGGAACUCACAUACCAGAUGAGCUAGGUCCACUUCCAGCUGGUUGGGAACAAGCGCGGACACCAGAAGGACAGAUAUACUAUCUUAAUCACAUAACAAAGACGACAACAUGGGAAGACCCGCGCAAGACCCUCGCAGCACAAACAGUCGCUGGCGGAGUGCAGCAUCAAAGCGCCGAAGCUUUACUCACACAAUCGGCAACAGCACAGACCCUUGCUACUGCCACAGCAGCAGCGAAGAGUACAAGUAGCACCGCCACAACCGACCCUCUAGGACCGCUGCCGGAUGGUUGGGAGCAAGCGACGACGCCGGAGGGGGAGAUAUAUUUUAUAAAUCACGCCGCUCGCACAACGUCUUGGUUCGAUCCUAGAAUACCACAACAUUUGCAGCGCACGCCGGCGGCGAACGCUGGGGCGGCGGGCGGCGGGUGGGCGAACGCAUCGGUGCAAGCUUGCCAACAGAAACUGCGUCUGCAGUCAUUACAGCUCGAGCGUGAACGACUGAAACAACGCCAGCAGGAGAUACGGCUCCAGCAAGAAUUAAUGGCGCGGCAAUCAUCAUCCAUCGUUUCUUCGCUCGCCAAUAGUACUGGGGCAGCCACUACCGACCUGUCCCUGGACCCGUUCCUCCCUGGGCUCAACGACCACCAGCGCCAGGAGUCAGCGGACAGUGGGCUGGGCAUGGCCGUCUCGCAAUCCUACUCGAUGCCGCACACACCUGAGGGUUUCCUGGGCAUGGACGACCGUAUGGACUGCACCAGCGAGGCGGGAGCCAAUCUUGAUACUGCGGACAUAACACUAGGCGAUACUGAUGACCUGUUGGGGGAAUUUACAAAUGAUAUAUUAUUAGACGACGUGCAGUCUUUGAUAAACUCGACACCAAACAAACCGGACAACGUGCUGACAUGGCUGUAAACUGCAGUCGAUGACGACUGCUAAACGUACAAUGCUCACAAACUUAUUGCGUAUAGCGUACUUAGCUGCAGGCUACUAAUAGAGUUCAUGUCAAAAUACCAAGUAUCUAUCAAUCAAAAGUGACAAUCUAUGUGUGACGUGGAAGUUAUGAUUUCGUGUGAUUUAUUGGUAAUACAUUCAUUGAAGCGAAUAUCUUUAAUAUGUAAUUUUUUUUUUAAUUUCUAGAUUAACGAAAUUCAUUUAGCUACCUAUCUAAUAAUUUUUUGUUAAAAAUCCUAAUAUAUCAAUAUAAUCAUGUGAAAUUAUAGAUAAUUGUUUCAGUUGUAAAAUCUCUGCAUUUAUUGGAAAGAGAUGGAAACUUCUUAAUACCUACAUAUUCUAUUCAAUUAAUGUAUUACGUAACCUAUUGAAUUGUGUAUCAGAUAAAAGUAGUUUCAGAUAUCCUAUAUUUUAACGGCUCAUAUUUAAAGGCCUAAUAGAAAGAAUUGCAUUCGUUUCAAAAAUGGAAAAACGAUAUCAAUCCAUUUUAAACAUAAUCUUGGAGUUGCAUGUUUGUUCUGAAUUAUAAGACUAAGAAUAUAGUAUUAAAAUAUUUUAGCCACUACUGUAUUGGAUGGCUAGUCAUUUGUAAAUACUAAUUGAGGUACUCCUCUAUGCCAACAUAAAUCAAAAAAUGAAGCGGUUGUUGCAUUACCUCCUUUCCUUGUUGAAAGGAGCAAUAUUGCAUUAUAUUAUCUCGCAAGCUAGGUUUUCUUUAUUCUUACCGAUGGAGACUAUCGGAAAGCCUAUUCUUCGAAUAGACUAAUAUGUAGUUUUGUCAAUAUUGACGAUUAUACAAUAUAACUUUAUCGAUGAAACUUUGAUUGUGAUAACAUCUCGACGUAACAGUGCCUUAUUGUGCCUUUAUAAAAUGUAUUUAUUGUGUUAUUAUUAAGGUAAUAAUAAAGAUAUAUUUCUACAAAUGUUUACCGAACGAUCUACAUCGAUUCAUGUAUUGUUUGGACAGAUUAAAACUACUUAUGUACUGUAUGUGUUGUAGUAACGUUUUUUUGUCUACUUACACCGUCCUUGUGUAUUUUUCGAGAUUAUGAUUUAGAUUAGUUUAUCGUGACGUAGUUAGAUAUUUUGGCAACUAUUAAGUUAAUAAAUAAUGUUUAGUCCGAAGUGGACUAGGUAUUUGUAUCUUACGCGUGUUUGAGAGGGUGCCGCUAGGUUACUAUAACAUAGAGAAUAGAGAGGAAUUGUUUAACUGAACGUGAUCUGUCGAGCACGUGCUUCUGCCUUGUUUGAAUGCCGAAACGUUUGCAUACUUCUAUGAAAGUGCAAUAUCGAAGUAGGUCAAUUAUAUUUACGACUAUUCACUGGCUAUUUUUGUGGCUACAUAGUCAACUCAUUUUAUUUAAAAAUAACUCAUUGGCUUAACAAAACACUUCAAAAUUACGUUUAGCCCACCUAGUCUCUAGAGUUUGUAUGAAUUCAGUAAUAUUAAAAUUAGGUCUUUAUUUUAAAAAUGCUACAUUGAAAACUUUGCCAUAUUAGUAAAUGUACUUUAUUCUUGUAAGACUUAAAUGUAAUCUUCAUUUAUGAUAAAAUAGUGUUUAAAUAGCAACUGUGUAACUAUUAUGAUUAGUUGUAACGGUGCUGGGUUUAUUAUACAUUUUAUUUUGUAUUCUGUAGAUGUCUUCGUUGUACUUUAUUUUGUAUUUGUUGUGUAUUAAUUUUUAUAUCUCGUAAGUAAUGAUGCUUCUUAUAUUGUUCGGUUCAUUAUUCUAUACUUUUGCUUCUUUCCUCGUACCUAGGGUUUUAGAUUGUAAUGAAGUGACUUCAGUGUCGUUGAAUGUUUAUAGCUAUGGCUGCGUUAUAAGGUAUUUUUUAAGAGACAUAACAAUGCACUACAGUGUAUAGCCAAUAGCGAAAACUUAGUAGGAAUUUGCGUAAUGGAGUAUUAAUCUCGUUUAAGUUAACAAAUUGCAAAAAUGUGCAUGUUGUGUAUUAUUAUAGCAGUGCGCACAAAACCUUUCUUUCGUAUCUUACUAAUUUUUUUUAAUACUUAUUUCAUUUCAUCGCUGCAGAUUUCUUUUGUACAGUUAUCGACAACCGAAUAAAAAAUCUGUUUUCUUAAAGGUCAUUAGUCCUACUAGGUUGUCGCUACUUCGAUAAAACUAAAAGAGACAUUCCAUGUUGCUUACCGUCUGUGCGUCGCUGGUGCCGCGUCAUAUAGCGUGCUUCUGGCUUUUAAAAGAAUAAUAUUCGGAACAAUAUUUCAAGUGAACUAUAUGAUUUAUUUCUAAGUAUAGUCUUUAAUUAU